CCCUGUGCCCAAGAUGGCGCUGGAGGCGGGUUCCCCCGGCUGGAGGCUGGACGGGUUGGACGACGGCUCCCAGAGAAUCCACGCUGAGGUGCAGUUGAAGAGUUACGGGAAGUUUCUCGAGGAGUACACCAACCAGCUGAAAGGAAUUGAGGAUGCAUUGGAUGACUCUAUUGGCGACGUCUGGGAUUUUACACUUGAUCCCAUAGCCCUUAAGCUUCUGCCAUAUGAACAAUCCUCACUACUGGAACUUAUCAAGACUGAAAACAAAGUCCUGAAUAAAGUAAUAACAGUUUACGCUGCCCUUUGCUGUGAAGUAAAAAAAUUGAAAUACGAGGCUGAAACAAAAUUUUACAAUGGCCUUCUGUUUUAUGGAGAAGGAGUCACCGAUUCGAGUAUGGCUGAAGGGGAGUCACAGAUCCAGAUGGGCAGGUUUAUUUCUUUCUUGCAGGAGUUAUCUUGUUUUAUUACGAGAUGUUACGAGGUGGUAAUGAAUAUUGUCCAACAGCUGGCUUCACUCUACACCAGCAGUAAGACUGCACCAAAAAUCAUAGAAACGACAGGGGUUCAUUUCCAGACUGUGUAUGAACACCUAGGGGAGUUGCUGGUUGUUCUCCUCACUUUGGAUGAAAUAAUCGACAAUCAUGUCACCUUGAAGGACCACUGGGUCACAUAUAAAAGGUUACUGAAAUCAGUCCACCACAAUCCAUCUAAAUUUGGAAUUGCUGAAGAAAAACUGAAACCGUUUGAAAUAUUACUGUUAAAAUUAGAGCGCCAGUUGCUGAGCAGGAUGAUUUUUCAGGCCUGUGUUGAUCAACAGUUUGACAAAAUAAAUGAACCAACCUCUGUCUCAAAAAAUAGCACGUUUGCAGAAGAGUUUGCCCACAACAUUCGCACUAUUUUCAGCAAUGUGGAGUCAAAGCUUGGAGAGCCUUCAGAGAUUGAUCAGCGGGACAAAUAUACUGGCAUCUGUGCACUAUUUGUGUUACAUUUCCAGAUUUUCAGGACGUUAGAUAAAAAAUUGUACAAAUCAUUGUUAGAUGUUUGCAAGAAGGUACCUGCCAUCACACUUGCAGCCAACAUUAUCUGGUAUGCUGACCACUUCUUGAUGGAUAAGCUGGCCUCAGCUGCAAAGCUUACAGAGAAAAAGAAUCUGCAAUCUAUUAAAAUCCAGAGAGAAACCUUCCUACAGCAGAAGGCCCAGACUCUGUCCAAAGAUGUGCAGUCAUAUUACUUGUUCAUAAGUUCGUGGAUGAUGAAAAUGGAAUCCAUCCUGUCCAAAGUGCAGAACCUGGAGAAUUUUGCUGAAGAUCUGUCCAGCAGAUGUAACGUCUUUAUACAGGGUAUUCUGUAUGCAAACAGUCUCAGUAACAUUGUCCGAACAACAAUGAACCUGUACAUGUCAAUGCAGAAACCCAUGACCAAAACAUCUGUGAAAGCAUUGUGCAGACUUGUGGAACUUCUAAAGGCAAUUGAACAUACUGUGCACAGGAGGACCAUGGUUAUAGCAGAUUCUGUCUGUCACAUUGCUCAAUAUCUUCAGCAUCAGGCCCUUAAUUCUAUAUCAGUUGCAAAGAAAAGAGUGAUAUCUGACAAGAAGUACAGUGAACGACGCCUGGAUGUGCUGUCGGCUCUGGUUUUGGCUGAAAACGCUCUCAAUGGACCCAGUACCAAAGAGCGUAGACUCGUCGUCGCCCUAGCAUUGAGUGUGGGGACUCAAAUGAAAACAUUCCGAGAUGAGGAAUUGCUGGUCUUGCACGUGGUGCUGAAGAAGUUGGACCUGAUCAGUGAGCUGAGGGAGCGGAUUCGAGUUUUGUGUAAUUGCAACUUCUUGUACUGGCAUCGCACCAUAUUCCCCAUCUACCUGGACGAUAUUUAUGACAGUGCUGUCGAUUCUGCGAGAAUCCAUUACAUGUUUAGUGCUCUGAGAGACUGUGUCCCACCCAUGAUGCACACCAGACAUCUGGAAUCCACACACAUGCUGCUGGAGUGUUUUGAUAAAGAAAUCAUGGAUGUGCUGAAUGAGCACCUUUUGGAUAAGCUGUGUAAGGAGAUCGAAAAGGACCUGAGGCUGUCUGUGCACACUCAUUUAAAACUAGAUGAUCGAAAUCCAUUCCGAGUCGGCAUCAAAGACUUGACAGAUUUCUUCUCAAUCAAACCAAUACGUUUCUUGAACCGAUUCAUUGAUGUCAAAGCAUAUGUGACUCACUAUCUGGACAAGACUUUCUACAACCUGACCACAGUGGCUAUCCAUGACUGGGCCACCUAUAGUGAAAUGAGAAACCUAGCGACCCAGCGCUACAGUCUGUCGAUGACCGAAGCACACCUUCCAAGCCAGACCUUGGAACAGGGAUUAGAUGUUCUGGAGAUCAUGCGAAAUAUCCAUGUAUUUGUUUCAAGGUAUCUUUACAAUCUCAACAACCAGAUCUUCAUUGAGCGCACGAGCAAUAAUAAACACCUGAAUACAAUCAACAUUAGGCAUGUCGCAAACUCAAUCCGUACACACGGAACAGGCAUCAUGAACACGACAGUUAAUUUCACCUACCAGUUUCUGAGGAAAAAGUUCUAUAUUUUCAGUCAGUUCAUGUAUGAUGAACACAUCAAGUCUCGACUCAUCAAAGACAUUCGAUUCUUCAAGGAGACCAAGGACCAAAAUGAUCAGAAGUACCCUUUUGAUCGUGCAGACAAAUUCAAUCGAGGCAUCAGGAAACUUGGCCUCACUCCAGAGGGACAGAGCUACCUUGACCAGUUCAGGCAGCUUAUUAGCCAGAUAGGGAAUGCAAUGGGCUACGUCCGGAUGAUACGAUCCGGUGGACUACAUUGUUGCAGUAAUGCUAUAAGAUUUGUUCCAGAUUUGGAGGAUAUUGUGAACUUCGAGGAGCUUGUGAAAGAAGAGGGACUGUCUGAGGAAACUCAGACAGCUGCCAGACAGCUGGACUCUGUCCUCACUGAUCUCACCAGAAACUCGGCAGAAGGCACGGAAUAUUUCAAGAUGCUGGUGGAUGUAUUUUCUCCCGAAUUUCGUAGCUCUAAGAAUAUGCACCUGCGUAACUUCUACAUCAUCGUGCCGCCGUUGACAUUGAAUUUUGUUGACCACUCAAUAAGCUGUAAGGAGAAGUUGAACAAGAAGAAUAAAUCUGGAGCUGCUUUUACCGAUGAUGGGUUUGCAAUGGGUGUUGCCUACAUUCUAAAACUGCUGGAUCAGUACCAGGAGUUUGACUCAUUACACUGGUUCCAGUCCGUGAGAGAGAAAUACGUGAAGGAAAAGAACGCAGUUGUCAAACAGCAGAAUGUCCAGUCAACUAAUCAGGAUGAGAAGCUGAUGCAAACAAUGAACCUAACGCAGAAGCGGUUGGACAUCUAUUUACAGGAGUUCGAGCUGCUGUACUUUUCACUGAGCAGUGCUAGGAUUUUCUUCCGAGGGGAUCAGACGGCAGCUGAAGAAAGUCAGGAGCAGAAGGAGAAGGACGAUGAAACCGCCAAAUCGGGCAACGAUAACCUGAAUGAUUUGCCGUCAGAAUCCAGCACAAAGUGAAGCGGGCGCCGUGUUCGAAGCGAACCUACUCUCACCUCGCUGUACUUCCCACCUGCACCUUCCUGUGUUCCCCUCACCCCUUU